AACAAGAUGGCGACCAGUUCAGUAGCAGAGUUGGACCCUGUGUUCCUUAAAGCGAUAAAACUGCUUCAUUCAAGGCAUCCAGACUCACUUGAACAGCUUAGAAUGCUAAGAGAUGAUGCUUUCAAACAACAUAUUCAACCUGUGUCUUCUACAACACAGGACAAGGGCAAAGACAGCAAAACAACCAAAGUACUAGAGAGAARACCGAGUGCCAUAAUCUCACCUCAUGAAACAAAGACCUCAAGCAAAACUAAAGAAACUAAAAACAUUGUCCCAACUAUUAAAACAAAAGAGGUUGAUCCAUCUAAGAUUGAAACUGUGGAAGACUUGAGUGUUGAAGAUGCUAUAAAGACAGUUGAGGAUCUAGGAUCAUGCGUAGUUGAGACAAUUGAAGAAUUUAGUUCUAGUUCAGGAUUGAUUGAGCAACCUUCAAAGAAGCCAAGACUGAAACUCAAUGUGGAGAAUGUGUUUGAUGAGGAGGUUCUGAAAUCAAGUGAAACUUUACCAGCUGAAGAAUUGACUAUUGAUUUAGGAAUCAAAUGCACUGUUUGUAACAGAGCUGAGAGUAAACAGGUUGGAAAUAAACUAGUCGAGUGUCAUGAAUGUCACUCGCAUUUUCACCAGAAAUGUCAUGAGCCAAGGAUCUCAGAUCAAGAUGCAAAUGACCUUCGCUUAGUGUGGUACUGCCAUCAGUGUACCAGGAAAAUGAGAGAAAUGUCAACAAGUUCUGUACCAAAGGCAAAAAACACAGAGAGCUCUUCUAAUAACAGAACAUCUUUUACUGGUGCAGCUCUUAAGCCUCCUAAACUACAGUCCUUCCAGAGGCUAUCUUCUUCUGACUCCAAGCCAUUCUCACCAACCACCGCACCCCAGUCAUUUGCAAUCCCAGGCCUGACUGCUGCCAGUGGUCCAGCAGUGUCCAGCAAGCAACCAUUGCCAGGAACAAGCAGCAGUAGCAGCACACAAAAAUCCUCCAUGCAGUCGGCAAUGAAGAGAUUGCAGAUGGUGAAGAAGAAAGCAGCACAGAAAAACUUCAACCAACAACAGAUGAGGGUGAUACGAAGAUAAUAAUUAUAGAUUUAUUGUAAUGUAAUAUUUUCMCCCACUAGAAUAAAUAAAUAAAAAAAAUUAGCUAACGUA